AUGGUCACCCGUCAGGUCCGCGCCAAGGAAAGCUCGCUUGCUGAGCUCUCUAGCCUGCUUUCCGUGUGUGACACUUCCAAAUCAAAAAGUGGCGAUACUGGUUGGGUGCAAGUACCAAAUCCUAACAUGACUGUCCGCAAUGCUCUUGCGGAUGAGGCGCAGCAUCUGGAUGAUCUCGUCAAAUCGGUCGCAAUGCAUCCCGAGCUUUUACACGCUGCGAUGGCGGCGAGGCCCGGCGCAUUGCAGACGGUACAACUAUCGUAUGGAUGGGAGGUAUUUGUCGUGGAGGACGUACGGCACGCCGUAGUACCGACUCUCCGUGGCGCGCGGCGCGGCCCCGGCUUUCCCGUGACUCCCAACAUGCGUCGCACGUCACCCAAGAAACCCGUGAUCGACGACAUGUCGUACUACAUCCAGACGUUUGGAUGUCAGAUGAACGUGAGCGAUUCGGAGCGCAUGGCGGCAGAGCUGGAACGUAAGGGCUACCAUGCGACGGAUGAUCCGAAGAAGUCGGCAUUGUACCUGCUCAAUACGUGCGCAUUGCGGGAUCACGCCGAGCAGAAGGUGUACUCGUAUCUAGGACCGCACGCGCAGAGGAAAUGGGACGCGCCCUCCGAGGUGACGCUUGUCGUGGCCGGUUGCGUGGCGCAGCAGGAAGGGGACAAGUUGCUCAGUCGUGUGCCGGAGGUAGAUAUUGUGAUGGGACCGCAAUACGCCAACCGGAUUGGGGAGGUGCUGGACGACUUUGCAGAGAACAUGAUGCAGAUUGUGGCGGUGGAUCCGAUUCACAUUCAGGAGGACUUUUCGAAGCCAGUGCGCAGCUCGAAAAUCACGGCGUGGGUGAACAUUAUCUAUGGGUGUCUGGAGAAGUGCAGCUACUGUGUGGUGCCGAAUACGCGAGGAUUGGAGCAAAGCCGGACAAUGGAAUCAAUACGAGCGGAGCUGCAAGGGCUUGCGCGGGACGGGUAUCGCGAAGUGGUGCUGCUCGGGCAGAACGUGGACGCGUACGGGCGAGACUUGUAUCCAAAACGGACGUUCUCCGAUCUGCUACGAUUCAUACAUGAUGUGGACGGUAUUGAGCGGGUGAGGUUUACGACGGGUCACCCGCGAUACAUCUCCGAAAAUUUGAUCACGACUGUGGCUGAGCUGCCAAAAGUGAUGGAACACUUCCACGUGCCGCCGCAAUCUGGUGACAAUGGGGUGCUGAAGGAAAUGGGGCGCGGAUACACGCGGGAACGGUACAUGGACAUUGCGCGGCGGGUCCGAAAGCGAAUGCCUGACGCGUCGAUAUGCGCCGAUACGAUUGUGGGGUUCCCCGGCGAGAGUGAGGAGGCGUUUGAGAAUACGGUGGACAUGGUGAAGCAGGUGGUGUUCGACUCGAACAUGGUGCGGGCGUACUCGGCAAGGCCGAACACGACGGCAGGGCUGAGGGAGGACCAGGUGGAGGAGGAAGUGAAGGCGCGGCGGUUGGCGGUGAUGAACCGGUUGAUGCGGGAGCAGGCGGAGAAGAGGAGCCAGCGGUAUUUGGGGAGGCGGGUAGAGGUUUUGGUGGAGGGCGUGAAUGAAAAGGUGGACGGCGAGGUGAUGGGGAGGGAACGGUCGAAUCGGGUUGUGUUUUUCGAGGGCGCGGCGGAGGAAUACGUUGGGAAGAUAGCAGUGGUGGAGGUGGACGAGGCAUUUGCGUUCAGCUUGAGGGGGAGGGUCAUUGGGGAGGCUUGGUAGCACUUUACAGUAUACUGUAAAGUGACAGACUGGAUCAGUGCGUUAUCUCGG